AAUACGUGAAGUUGGCUGUGCCUGUUUCUAACCUCAAAAUUCUUAGAAUUUCGUACUCAAAAAUAUUUAUUAUUUAGUUGAUUUAUUAUAAGAUACACACAUUAUUUUCAAUGUCUGACCGCUACGAUCGUGCCGUGACCAUAUACUCGCCCGAUGGCCAUCUGCUGCAGGUGGAGUACGCCCAGGAGGCAGUACGCCGAGGAUCCACAGCGGUGGGACUGCGCACCAACGAUUGCAUUGUGGUGGGCGUGGAGAAGAGGUCCAGCAACCCCUUGUUUGAGGAGCGUUCCAUGCGAAAGAUUUCCAUGCUCGACGAGCAUGUGGUAAUGACCUUUGCCGGCCUCACUGCCGAUGCCCGCAUCCUGAUCAGCCGCGCCCAAGCGGAGGCCCAGAGCUAUCGUUUGAAUUUCGAGAGGCCCGUCACCGUGGAGUACAUUACACGCUUUAUAGCGCAGAUGAAGCAGAACUACACCCAAAGUAAUGGACGGCGUCCCUUCGGGCUCUCCUGUCUGAUGGGUGGCUUCGAUGGCGAUGGCAAGCCUCAUCUGUUCCAAACCGAACCGUCGGGCAUCUACUACGAGUGGUCGGGCAACAGCACGGGCCGGGCCGGCCACACGGCCCGCGAAUACAUGGAGAAGCAUGCGGACGAGCUGCUUGACUCCAUGGACGAGCGGACGGCCGUCAAGCAUGUGGUGCGCACCCUGUUGAGUGGCACCACGCUGAACGAACACCAACUGGAUGUGGCAGUGCUGCGGUUCAAUCAGCCACUCCGAAUGAUUGAGCGCCACGUUCUGGCGAAUCAUAUUGAGGCUAUUCGUGGCGAGAUCGAGGCGGAGCUCAAGACCAGGCAGCUGGCCAACAAAUUGUAAAUCUGUAAACUGUUUGUAUACUGGUAACUGGUACUGUAAUGCCAACGGCGCUAUGGCACUAUCAAGAAUUGAUGGCAAUUCCUCACCCUA